CGGCCCCGCCUCCUCCUCCAGGCUGCAGCCGGGGAUGGUCGCAGGAAUCGGGAUACAGUCAGCUGUGAGUGGACCCCGCGAGCACCGACAGGAGCAGAGCCCGGCCGGGAGGUCCUGACCCGGAGCUUCACACGGUACAUUCACCUGCUGACAUGGACUAACAGAAGCGGAGACAGUCAGCUUCAAGCCCGGGCCCCUCCCCCCCCUGCGGAGGCCAGGCGGCUUCAUGGCGACCCGGCUGCUGGACCGUCUGAAGCGCUCGUUGUUUAAAGAUGGUCAGGGAGCGGGACCUGAGCACGAAGCAGGAGGCGGACAGGAAGAGGAGGAGUUUAAAGAGGAGAGCUGGGAGGCGGAGCUGGAGGAGGAGGAGGAGUGUGUGACUGAUCGACUCGGGGGGACGCUGUGCUUCGACAGCGCCGGAGGAGGAGCCGAGGACGGAGUCGAGGGGUCGGGGCCGGACAGUGACUCCGACUUCCUGGGAGAGUCGAUGGAGGAGGGGCUCAGCAGCACAGACACCAGUCCCGUGGGCGUGUCUCCGGUAGCCCCCUCCCCCUCCUCCUCCUCCUCCUCCUCCCUGCUGACUCGGCAGCUUCAGGAGAGCUGGAGGAGCCUGCGUGGACUCGGAGGAGGAAGCCCCGCCCCCGCUGGUAGGCGGCUGACGGACAACUUGUUGUUUGAGGUGACGGACGCCAGCGUGGUGCAGGACAGCUCCUCUAAAUAUGUGCUGUACACCAUCCAUGUGAUCCAGUCUGGCGGCAGCGAUAAGACGCCAGCCAUCAUCACACGCAGAUACUCCGACUUCCAGCGGCUCCACGCCACGCUGCGCCGUAACCACGGAGUCCAGAUGGAGCGUGUCUGUUUCCCACGAAAGAAGCUGCGUAGGAACUUCACCGCGGAGACGAUCGCCAAGCGGAGCCGGGCCUUUGAACAGUAUCUGUCUCACCUGUGUUCCCUGUCUGCCCUGCAGGGGGCGCUGUGUGUCCGACAGUUCUUCUACCUGACUGACCUGCAGACCGGACAGGUGCUCAUCAGGGUGGGACGUUACCAGGAUGCCUUGGGGCCGCUGCUCAACGCCAAGAGGCUGCAACACAAACUGGGCUGGGAAUGUUAUUAUGACAACCAGGCUCAGGCCCCGCCUCCGGCCUCCUCCCAUUGGUUCUUCACUCUGGUGGGGCUGUCGUGGUGUUUCCAGGAAGUGGACCAGCUGGAGGAGGCGCGUGAUCACUGUGACCACGCCCUUCGUGUACUAACCCCGGCCGAGACUCAGGCCGACACAUCAGAGGACAGGCCCCUUCCACGCGAGGAUAAACCCGUGUCGCGGCAGCAUGUCGACAGGCCACACCCCCUCCUGAUGCCGCUGCUGCGGGUGGUGGUUCGGCUGUCGUGGCAGACGGGAAGAGACAAGCGGCAUUGGGAGGAGCUUCUGCACCAGCUGGAGGAGCGGUGGGUGGGGCUAGACAAUCAGCCGACCAUCAAAGAGUUUCUAGUCAAACACAACCUGGAGGAGAGCGAGGGGGAGGGCUAGGACACACACACACACACACACACACACACACACACACACACACACACACACACACACACACACACACACACAGCAGAGUCCAAUCACUACAACAGGAGGGCUGCAGAAAAAACAUCUGCGCUUCCGAGAAUAAAGUAUUAAAUAUUUGGGGAAAAGUUGUCAUUUCAAGAAAAAAGACAGAAUAAGAAGAGCUUAAGUCCCUCCCACUUCUGCUUCCGCCCAAUGGGAAUGUACGGCAGCUUCAGUAGCAUUAACUUCAGUCAUUGAGAGAAACGGGGACUUUUGGUGUUUGUGGUCUUUCUAAUUUUCACAGUCUUCAACAGUUUUACGACAAACUUUCUUGACAUAUAUUCUCUUUUAAACUGAGUAAUUCAGGACACAAUUCAAACUGGAUAAAAAUUCAGUUGGCUCUCAACGUAAAUCUUUUUCCCCAAAAUAAGGUCCCAUGUUGGUCCAACGGAAGGGGAGGGACUUACGCUCUCUAUGGUAUUACUACAGGUCAAAAUCUUCAGAGUGCCUGUUAAAAGAAUUCCCGCAGCUACAGGUCGCACAGUAAUAUUCAGUUCACGCCUCUACAGUUUAUCACAGAGUAAAGGAAUUAAUGCACAACUUUCCAAAUCCACCUUUAGGAUCGUCUCUUUGGCACUUUUCAGGAUUAUUUCCUGGAUAUGUGAUGCUGUGGUUAACAUUUCAGUUUAGAUUUGAGGGAACAAAAUCAUUUUAUAGCACUUUUUUAAUGAUAAAUGUGUAUUGGAUGUUUGUAACAUACAGCAGGCGAUUUAAAUGCAAGCUUUGUCAGUAUGUAAUAAUCCGCUGUUAAAACAGAGAAUUAAAUCAUCUCUAAAUCUUUUAUCAGCUGGAAUCACAAAAGCACUGAUUGAGCUUUUCUCCUCCUGUCAGCUGACAGACAUGUGUCUGACUCGAUCAUUAAGUUCAUGUUUUCAGGGGAAAAUAAUGAUAAAUGCUUGUUUUGUUUUGUUUUUUACAUGGAUUGGAUGACUAGAUAAAGGGAUUAAAAUAGAUCUGAGGACUUAAUUUCACUUAAAUUUACAUAAGCAAAGUCAAAAUGUCAUUUUGAAGCUGGUUUUCUGACUCUUCUUAGCAGAAGAACAGACUUACUCCUGGUUUAAAACAAGUGAUUUAAAUAAGGGACGAAACAUUAACACAUAAGGGAAAUUAUAAAGCGACGCAUUGGACAGACAUUAUAGACUAUGCACAUGUACAGAUUUAUGCACUAACCAUGUGAUCACUUCAUAGUAAGCUGCUGACCCCCCCCAACAGAUAUUCUCCAGUCUGUGAAAUGGACUACGGAGAUGCUGCACGAGCACGACCAACUGAAAGCAGUGUACUAGUCAACAUUAAGCACAGUUACAAAGUAGUAGUUAUACUCAUCCUUAAUGCGUUGCCUUUUUCAGAGCUGCUCUGUCUUUUCCUGCUUUUUUUUCACAGUAAAAACUCAAAAUUUGCAUUUAAUUAAAUUGUAAAUUGUUCAUAUAUAGCAACUCGGGGUUCAGAGUGUCGCACAAGGACACUGUGAUUAGUGGACGAGUCACUCUAACUCCUUUAAUCAUUAGUUGUUUUAUCGGCUAAAUAAAGCAUAGACCAUAAUGUGCUGUACAUUAUUAUUAUGAUUAGUCCGCUCGCUUAGUUAAGAUUUCAGCAUCAAUGAGGUUUGAUUAUUAGCUUUUCUUCUCAUUUCACACAUCACAUUGAUGUAAUGUGACAUCUAACGAAAUAAUAAUAUUACCUACGGUUUUAUUUUAGUUUAGUUUACAUCUAAACUCUGCAUUUAUUAAUUUAAAGGCUUUUUUUUUUUUUUUUUUACCUGGAAAAAGGUAAAAUAUGGCUCGUACGACAGGUCUGGUGCCUCAGAAGUGCCUCAGAAGAACAAAUCUGUUCAAGCAUUAAUUAAUAUUCCUGGUAGUUUGGACACAGAUGGAAAACAACAAAUAUUUUUAGCAGUUAAAGGAAUCUAAUGAGUAUUGCUGUCAUUUCAAUGCUGUGGCUUAUUCCUACAACAAUUUCUCCUCAAUCGUUCGUAAGUGCCACUGAAGAAUGAAUAGUUUGUUCAAGUGAUUCUUGCACGAAGCCCAUUAUAUUCCCAAAAGAAUAUUUGUUGUAGUUUGGACGUAAAGAAUCAACAAAUAUUUGAGCGGUUAAAUUAAUCUGAUGUGGUUCAGACCCGCAAACUGAAUCUAAAAUCCAGCUUUGGCUUGUUUCGACAUCUGUUUUUAUUUCAAUGCUGCACGAUUGUGAAAUCCUUAGUAACUCUUGGUGUUUUUACGUGGACUAAAGGUCAAACUCUGAGGGGCCUUUAGGGACAUUAUUCACAAUUAACCUGCAUUUACAUGUACUUUUCCUCACAUACAUAUAUGAAGCCAGACUCAUUCACAUAUUGUACCGUGUUGUGUAUGUGAGAGGAAAAAUACAUGUGCAUUGUAAUUCUGAAUAAUUUCCCCAACAGCCCCUCAUAUAAAACGGUCACUCGUUAUUUUAUAUUUCAUAUGCAUGGUAAUUAUUACCAAUGUCCUCAACGGCCCCUCACACGAAUGGGUCGCUUUUCAUUUCAUAUUUUAGAUGCAUGGUAAUUAAAAAUAAUGCCCAUAACUGCCCCUCAUAUUAAAUGGUCACUUUUCUUUUCAUAUGCAUGGUAAUUAUAAAUAAUUUCUGUAACGGCCCCUCAUAUUAAAUGGUCACUUUUCUUUUCAUAUGCAUGGUAAUUAUAAAUAAUUUCUGUAACAGCCCCUCAUAUUAAAUGGUCACUUUUCUUUUCAUAUGCAUGGUAAUUAUAAAUAAUUUCUGUAACAGCCCCUCAUAUUAAAUGGUCACUUUUCUUUUCAUAUGCAUGGUAAUUAUAAAUAAUUUCUGUAACAGCCCCUCAUAUUAAACGGUCACUUUUCUUUUCAUAUGCAUGGUAAUUAUAAAUAAUUUCUGUAACAGCCCCUCAUAUUAAAUGGUCACUUUUCUUUUCAUAUGCAUGGUAAUUAUAAAUAAUUUCUGUAACGGCCCCACAUAUUAAACGGUCACUUUUCUUUUCAUAUUUCAGGUGUGUGGUAAUUAUAAAUAAUUUCUGUAACGGCCCCUCAUAUUAAACGGUCACUUUUCUUUUCAUAUUUCAGGUGUGUGGUAAUUAUAAAUAAUGUCCCUAUCAGCGGACAAACUGUCACUUUUCAUGUGCACUAAAUUUCUUCAGACUCAUUUGAAUUGACGUAAUGUAACGCACACAUCUCCAGUUCACAUGAUGUGAUGUACAGCAUGUGAGGGGGUUUUGUUGUUUUUGUUUUUUUGCGUUUGUUGUGUUUCAGUCGGAGAAGUUUGUGUGUUCGGCUGCAUUUCCACUGAAACCCAAACAGAAUUUAAAACUGCAGUUUACAACAAGCAGCUCUUAUCUGUCAAAGGUGCGACAUCUCUUCCCUGAUUUCACCGGUGGAGAUGCAGCCUGUGUGGAGUAUUUAAAAUGUGGAUCGAACUGUAGCGGCGAUACUGCUUCAUAGAGCUUUAUACAAGUAUAUUUUAUGGAAUAAAUUUGUUACAAAUUUUG